UAUCCAAAUGACUUGAAGCAGUUGGUGGAAAGCACAUUAACAUCUAUUGACCCUGCAGAUUAAAGAAAAGAAAGAAAGAAAGAGAAUGUUGAGAAGAGUUGACACACCCCGUAAGGGCAUCCUUGUACUGGAUCUGCUUCUCUUGGGAGUAAACGCACGCUUGAGUUUAUGCCUGUGUGACUCCAGACACGGUGCCUGUGAUGCUUCCUAUCUCGAUGUCCCGCCCGAAGCCCUCGAGCUCCCAGGGAAUCCCGCGGGUGACAACAGCUGACUUGCUGUUGGAGGCGGGUCACUGCAGGUGGGACCUGGGAGGGAGCAUUUCGCUUCUCCCUGUGCUUCCUGGCUACCGCGAUGUGGGCAGUUUGUGUCCGCCGUGCCCCUGUGUCCUGUCUUUCCUGCUCUGGGAGCCAGCAGGCCGUGGAUUAGAAACAGGAGCCAAAGUGACACCAGGGCAGAGCUGGUCCGAACAGAACCUCGCGUGGGAUGCGGACGUUGGAAACGAAGGCACAGCCAUCACAGGAUACUGGACACAGGAUACUGGAUAUUGGAUACAGGAUACUAGUUAUCUAAAGCAAAACACCAGUGCCAGCCUUCCAGGACUAAAGCCCCGCAGUGAGUUUUCUCAGUCAUCUGCUGUCUGCACUGGAGGAGCUGUGAAAAUACCCUCCGAGAAGAGACCCAGGGCUUGGGUCCCCAGCGUGGAUCUCCUCCGCUUGCCCCUGUAUCUCGCCCUUCUGUCGCACUCCUGUUUAUCCCACCGUGGACCGGAAGUGCCCGGGGGCGCCACAGCGCUGUCCUCCCUGCACAGUGUGAGACCUUGGCGGGGACCAGAGGCAUUCAGCUCAUUUCUAAGAUGCACCCUGUGCUUGUAACCAGAGGGACUGCCCGGCACAAGCCCGUGUUUGGUUUUCUGCGGGUGUUUUCCUCUCUUGCUAUUCAAGCUGUUCCUGACGCCCUCUUCUCCCUCCCUAGGUUUUAUGAGAAUCUCCUUUCUGUUUAUGCUGAUGAACUCAGGAGCAGGCAAAUCCCCUCCACCACUUAGUCAUGGGGCCCGGAAGCACCCAGUGUCCUUGUAAGACCCUCCGCUUACUGUUAUUGGGAUAACUGUUAAUAACCACA